CAUGCAUAUUCAUUUAACUAUUUUCCAAGUAAUUAAUUAGGUGGUGAUGGGGAGAUGGAUCAAGUCAUCAAGAAUGGUCCCUUGGACUUUUCAGUGACCACAUCUUGCCACGUAGGACUCACCAUGGGUCCCACUUUUCCAGUUUCACCAUUGUGGAUCCGCCACGUGUUAAAUAACCCACGUCCCACGGAAACUAAAAGUAGAAAAUGGAUAGGGAAUCAUUCCCCGGCUCACCACCUUCCCUAUAUAAAAGCCGAGCUUUGAAUCUCCCAUUCAAGACCUAGAUUCUUCUUCUUCAUCUCUCUCUCUCUCAAAUCCAUAUUUCGUUUUCGUUUGAAUCUUUUUUAUCUUGUUUUUUGUAUUUUCGUAAAUUCGUCAAGAACUGGCUAACCCUGGAGAAGCGAAGAUUCUGGCGGAAUCGGAGAACAAGAACCGAGAGGUGGUUCUUACGCUAUAUGAGGCCCUGAGAUCGCGAGACGUGGUGACUGUGCACCGGAUUCUCGCCGCCGAUAUUGAGUGGUGGUUCCACGGCCCUCCGUCCCACCAGUUUUUGAUGCGCAUCCUCACCGGCGACGCGCCGUCGUCCCCGCCGUUCGAGUUCGAGUUCAUACCCCUCUCCGUCGUGUCAUUCGGGUCCACCGUCAUCGCCGAGGGCUGCGACUCCUCCGGCUCCAUCUCCUGGGUCCACGCCUGGACCGUCACGCAUGGGAUAAUUACUCAGGUCAGGGAGUACUUCAACACCUCUCUCACCGUCACAAAGAUCGGGAACUCUUCCGGCGGCGCCGUUGGGCAGAAGACAUCGGCGGCUGAGAUCUCGCCGGUGCAUUGUCCCUACGUCUGGGAGAGCCAACUCUCGGGUCGUGCCGGGAAGUCCGUCCCUGGUCUCGUCCUCGCGAUUUGAACGAGUCACCGCCUCGUUCAGGUAAAAAAAAAAUGAAAUAGCUACUUACGUGUCGGUUUAUUAUUGGUCUGUCAUAUAUGGAUCGAAAGAUUGCUGUGAGGCGCGUGCACCACACCUAAGGCCGCGUUUGGCUGGCUCUGUUUUCUCUGUGGUUCGUCUUUCGAGUUUUGGGGUAUUUUCAUUUGGCAAACUGGGGUUGAAUAUAACGGGGAAACCCAAGUCGAUGAUGUGUCUUUAUGUUUAUGGUGAUGUAAUGUUUGAAACAAACGCCUCCUUAUGGGUUCAAAUCAUGUGUUCUUCUCUUGAUACAUCACAUAUGCAUCUUGAAUUGGUUGGUAUUA